AUGUUCCUACUGCUGGUUGAUUUAGAAGAUGCUUACCACCAAUUUUCUGCAAUACGGCUUAGGGAGGAGGAAUUUGCACUGCGCAGUUUGAUAGCAACAGGUCUUAAGAGUAUUAAGGAUGAAAUUCUCAAGGGUCUUUAUGUCAUGGAUGGAAAUGGAAUCAUUACUAUUACAAGGAGACUAACCAAGAAGGGGCAAGCCAGAGCCAAAUUCACUGGUAGUCUGUUCAUCUCGAGCAUGUGGAAAGUGGUGCUCCUGGGUCUGUAUACGGUAUUGGCUGUGAGAGGAUUGGCAAAGGGUGCUCCUUUCCAACCAGAAGAAAAAUGGAAGCCUCUAGAUAACCCUAGAAACAGAGACCUGUUUUUCAGAACGCUCCAGGCUUAUUUUUCGGGCAGGGGUCUUGAUCUCAGAAAGUUCCCGGCUACUUUCACUAUGAACAAUGAAGGACCGAGGCCUGUCAUAUUCUACUCAGACCCUAUCGCUUCUGCAUUUGCAGAUUACGAAGAAAGGAAAAAUUCUUUUCCAAGUUAUUUCAAAGGCUGAAAGAUGUUGCUGACCAAGGCAUUAACUUUUGAACUUCAUGUGAAGUGGUAACCCUCACAGCAAAAUACUACUGCUUUGACUUUUUAACCGC